GGCCGGGCCGGCUGUGCUGACUGGCAGCCGGGGUGGUGGGCACUGUGCAAUGGCGGGGGAAGAGGGACUCAUGUCUGAAGUAAGCUGGAAGCUCUUGGAACGACGAGCCCGGGCCAAGCGCUCAGGCUCAGUUUAUGAACCUCUUAAAAGCAUUAAUCUUCCAAGACCUGAUAAUGAAACUCUAUGGGAUAAGUUGGAUCAUUAUUACAGAAUUGUCAAGUCAACGAUGCUGACAUAUCAAAGCCCAACUACAGGUCUCUUUCCUACUAAAACAUGUGGUGGAGAUCAGAAGUCCAAAGUGCAUGAGAGCCUGUACUGUGCUGCGGGUGCUUGGGCCUUGGCGCUGGCGUACAGGCGCAUUGAUGAUGACAAGGGAAGGACCCAUGAGCUGGAGCACUCGGCCAUAAAGUGUAUGAGAGGAGUUCUCUACUGCUACAUGCGGCAGGCUGAUAAGGUCCAGCAGUUCAAGCAGGAUCCCCGGCCCACGACGUGUCUACACUCUGUUUUCAAUGUGCACACUGGGGAUGAAGUGCUCUCCUAUGAAGAAUAUGGCCAUCUUCAGAUAAAUGCAGUCUCACUCUUUCUCCUUUACCUGGUGGAAAUGAUUUCCUCAGGUCUCCAGAUAAUCUAUAACACAGAUGAGGUCUCUUUUAUUCAAAACCUUGUGUUUUGUGUAGAGAGAGUUUACCGUGUUCCCGACUUCGGUGUCUGGGAAAGAGGAAGCAAAUAUAACAACGGCAGCACAGAACUGCACUCGAGCUCUGUUGGUUUGGCAAAAGCAGCCUUAGAAGCGAUUAAUGGAUUUAACCUCUUUGGAAACCAGGGCUGUUCUUGGUCAGUUAUAUUCGUGGAUCUCGAUGCUCACAACCGCAACAGGCAGACAUUGUGUUCACUGUUACCCAGAGAAUCACGCUCUCAUAACACAGAUGCUGCCCUGCUCCCGUGCAUCACCUACCCCGCCUUUGCCCUGGACGAUGAAGCUCUGUUCAGCCAGACACUCGAUAAAGUGAUAAGAAAAUUAAAAGGGAAAUAUGGAUUUAAGCGUUUCUUGCGAGAUGGGUACAGAACGCCCCUGGAAGACCCCAACAGACGCUACUACAAACCAGCGGAGAUUAAGCUGUUUGAUGGCAUCGAAUGUGAAUUCCCCAUAUUCUUCCUUUACCUGAUGAUCGAUGGUGUUUUUAGAGGCAAUCUUGAACAAGUCAAGGAAUAUCAGGACCUGUUGACACCUUUGCUUCACCAGACCACAGAAGGAUAUCCUGUUGUACCAAAGUACUAUUAUGUGCCAGCUGACUUUGUAGAAUAUGAACAAAGAAACCCUGGUAGUCAGAAGCGGUUUCCUAGUAACUGUGGCCGUGAUGGGAAAUUGUUUCUUUGGGGACAAGCUCUUUAUAUCAUUGCAAAACUCCUAGCUGAUGAGUUAAUCAGUCCUAAAGACAUUGACCCUGUCCAUCGCUUUGUCCCACUUCAGAAUCAACGUAACGUGAGCAUGAGAUUCUCUAAUCAGGGCCCACUGGAAAAUGACUUGGUGGUUCAUGUGGCACUUGUAGCAGAAAGCCAACGCCUUCAGGUCUUCCUCAAUACCUACGGGAUUCAGACUCAAACGCCCCAGCAGGUGGAGCCUAUUCAGAUCUGGCCUCAGCAGGAGCUCGUGAAAGCUUAUUUCCACCUGGGUAUCAAUGAAAAGUUGGGUCUGUCUGGAAGGCCAGAUAGGCCCAUUGGCUGCCUUGGUACUUCAAAGAUUUACCGCAUCCUAGGAAGGACCGUGGUUUGUUACCCUAUCAUCUUCGACCUCAGUGAUUUCUACAUGUCUCAGGAUGUGCUCCUGCUCAUAGAUGACAUAAAGAAUGCACUACAGUUCAUUAAGCAAUAUUGGAAAAUGCAUGGACGCCCACUUUUUCUUGUUCUCAUCCGGGAAGACAACAUAAGAGGUAGCAGAUUCAACCCCAUAUUAGACAUGCUGGCAGCCUUUAAAAAGGGGAUAAUUGGAGGAGUCAAAGUUCAUGUUGACCGUUUACAGACAUUGAUAUCUGGAGCUGUAGUAGAACAGCUUGACUUUCUGCGGAUUAGCGACACAGAAAAGCUUCCAGAGUUUAAGAGCUUUGAAGAACUAGAAUUUCCCAAGCAUUCAAAAGUCAAACGACAGAGCAGUACUGCAGAUGCUCCUGAGCUGCGACAGGAGCCAGACAUCACCAUAACAGAGUGGAAAAACAAAUCCACCCACGAAAUCCUUCAGAAGCUUAAUGACUGCGGUUGUCUGGCUGGCCAAACCAUCCUGCUGGGUAUACUGCUCAAAAGAGAGGGCCCUAACUUCAUCACGAUGGAAGGAACUGUGUCUGAUCACAUCGAGAGGGUGUACAGAAGAGCUGGCAGCAAAAAGCUUUGGUCGGUUGUACGCCGUGCAGCAAGUCUUUUAAAUAAAGUAGUGGACAGCCUGGCCCCAUCCAUUACUAAUGUUUUAGUGCAGGGCAAACAGGUAACCCUAGGUGCCUUUGGACACGAAGAGGAGGUCAUCUCUAAUCCACUAUCUCCAAGAGUGAUUAAGAACAUCAUCUAUUAUAAGUGUAAUACCCAUGAAGAGAGGGAGGCGGUCAUUCAGCAAGAGCUGGUCAUCCAUAUUGGCUGGAUCAUCUCCAACAACCCCGAGCUGUUCAGUGGCAUGCUGAAAAUCAGAAUUGGGUGGAUCAUCCAUGCCAUGGAGUACGAACUGCAGAUCCGUGGCGGGGAUAAGCCAGCUGUGGACUUGUACCAGCUCUCGCCCAGUGAGGUUAAGCAGCUGCUGCUAGACAUCCUGCAGCCUCAGCAGAGUGGAAGGUGUUGGCUGAAUAGACGUCAGAUCGAUGGGUCACUGAAUAGAACACCCCCGGGAUUCUACGACCGCGUGUGGCAGAUCCUGGAGCGCACACCUAAUGGUAUCGUUGUGGCUGGCAAGCAUUUGCCACAGCAACCAACCUUGUCAGAUAUGACCAUGUAUGAGAUGAAUUUUUCUCUCCUUGUUGAAGAUAUGUUGGGAAACAUUGACCAGCCAAAGUAUAGACAGAUCAUUGUAGAGUUACUAAUGGUUGUAUCCAUUGUGCUGGAAAGAAAUCCUGAGCUAGAAUUUCAAGACAAAGUGGAUCUGGACAAACUGGUCAAAGAAGCGUUUCAUGAGUUUCAAAAAGAUGAGAGCCGGCUAAAAGAAAUCGAAAAGCAAGUAAGUGGAGAGGCCCGUGUCCCGCAGAACGCUCUCAUUGUCUCCACUGUUGAAAUCCUCUCUAAUCUUCCCACUUUCCAGACAGAUGGACAGAGCACAAAAGAGGAUGCUCUACAAGCAGUCAGGCUUACUGAGGAACUAAUAUUGCUUUUUAGCUAAUUACUGGUCGAUUGAGCUAGGAAGUUCUGGUAAAAAAAAAAUGAAAUCUAAGAUGAAAUAUUUUUUUUAUGUGGUUGACAAUUAAAAUGUGUUUGCCAGGGAGGAUCCACUGAUCCCAGAAGGCUGUAAAAUAAAUUCAGAAGACGAUGGGAGUGUAGAACAGGCAUCACAGGGGCUGUGUACUGUCUGAUGUAGUCCCUUCUGGGCUCUCUGCUUAAUAUUGUAUGCCCAUCUAUAAAAGGGCUCCCUACAUAAAUAAAAAUGACUAGCAAAGAGAAGGCUGCUAAAAAUGUCUGCUUUUGUUUUAUAUGCUGAGACGAUGCCUCCAGAAAAUGCAAGUGAAGUGCAGGAAGCUCAUAAUUUC